AUGAAAUCUCAACAAAAAUCCAUACCAUGGAAACUAUAUACCUCAAGGAUCCUUCUCUUCUUAUGGGUCAUUACAAGGGCACAAAGUUCAAGUACACUGACAUCAGAAACAACAUCAACAGUAACAGAUAAUCCUAUAAUAUCAACACAAACAUUUCCUUCGAAUAUAACAGUAUCAGAGUCCACAUUAUCCACCAGCGAUACAUCAAUAUCAUUAUCCACUACUUCACAAACAUAUGAAACUAAAGACUCAAACAAUACAACAGAAGAAAACGAUGCAGGUACCUCCACAGCUGAAUCUACAUUUACAACAAUAGAAUUAAACACACCUAGCACAAUAGUAGAAAGCACAGAAUUAUCCACUGUAACAAAAACUUCCAGUUCAUUCACUCCAACAACUACAGAGACAAUAACGACUAAAACAAACACAACGGAACUUACAGUGACAUCCACUGUUGAAAGAACCACAGCUGUUCCAACAACUUCCACAGUUGCAGACACAACAACCUCAACACUAGGCAGCACGGAGUCCUCCAGUAGCUCUACGGCUGAAGUCACUUCAACAAGUACAGAACCUAGCACGACAAGUGAAACCAGCGCAACAGUUCCAACAACUGUAAGCAGCACAAGUGAAGCCAGCACCUCUACAACUCAAACAGCUGUUCCAACAACUGUAAGCAGCACAAGUGAAGCCAGCACCUCUACAACUUCAACAAGUACAGAACCUAGCACGACAAGUGCAACCAGUGCAACAACAAGCAGUACUGAAACUGUAAGCAGCACAAGUGAAGCCAGCACCUCUACAACUCAAGCUACAUUGACAUCCACAGUUGCAGACACAACAACCUCAACACUAGGCAGCACGGAGUCCUCCACUGUCAGUAGCUCUGAAGCACGGAACACAACAACCUCAACACUAGGAAGCACGGAGUUCUCCACUGUCAGUAGCUCUACCGCUGAAGUCACUUCAACAAGUACAGAAUCUAGCACGACAAGUGAAACCAGCGCAACAAGUAGCAGUACUGAAGCCAGCACAACAGCUACAGAAAGCACCACAGCUGUUCCAACAACUGUAAGCAGCACAAGUGAAGCCAGCACCUCUACAACUCAAGCUACAUUGACAUCCACAGUUGCAAGUGAAACCAGCGCAACAACAAGCAGUACUGAAGCCAGCACAACAGCUACAGAAAGCACCACAGCUGUUCCAACAACUGUAAGCAGCACAAGUGAAGACAUCACCUCUACAACAAGUGAAGCCAGCACCUCUACAACUCAAGCUACAUUGACAUCCACAGUUGCAGACACAACAACCUCAUCCACAGUUGCAGACACAACAACCUCAACACUAGGCAGCACGGAGUCCUCCACUGUCAGUAGCUCUACCGAUGAAGUCACUUCAAAAAGAACGACAUCGACAGAUUUAGGAGCAACAAGUAGUUCUUCUAGCACUGAAGCUGCAAAAACAACAACCUCAGUUGAUAUUUCAUCCAGUGCAACAACAAAGCUUUCAACCGAGCCCAUUUCUCCAACCAUAGUUUCAAAUUCUACAUCUAAUCUUGAAGGAACGACAUCGACAGAUUUAGGAGCAACAAGUAGUUCUUCUAGCACUGAAGCUGCAAAAACAACAACCUCAGUUGAUAUUUCAUCCAGUGCAACAACAAAGCUUUCAACCGAGCCCAUUUCUCCAACCAUAGUUUCAAAUUCUACAUCUAAUCUUGAAGUUGCAGACACAACAACCUCAACUCUAGGCACCACGGAGUCCUCCACUGCCAGUAGCUCUACCGCUGAAGUCACUUCAACAAGAACGACAUCGACAGAUUUAGGAGCAACAAGUACUUCUUCUAGCACUGAAGCUGCAAAAACAACCUCAGUUGAUAUUUCAUCCAGUGCAACAACAAAGCUUUCAACCGAGCCCAUUUCUCCAACCAUAGUUUCAAAUUCUACAUCUAAUCUUGAAGACACAACAUCCUCAACACAAGGCAGCACGGAGUCCUCCACUGAACGACAACAACAGAUACAUCAAGAAGCAGCUCUACUGGAUUUACAGAAACAACAAUAA